CCCAGCUUCAUUCUCUCAACCUCAAUCCACGAACCAACUUGUCGCCCAGGAUGAAGUCUGUGACACGAGUACCACUUCGCAUUGCGCCUCGGCUCGUCCAGCGUCCGGCCUUUGUCCGCCCAAUUCACUCGACCGUUCUCAAGGCCGCCAAUGUCGCUCCAGUGGUUGGCACUGGCCCGCCACCUGAGCCACCGAUCCAACCCGCCGAAAAUGUCCAUCAGCGAGUUGCGAGGCGGAGAAAGCAGGCUGAGAUGCUCAAGAAUGCUAAAGAGCUUCGAAAUGCCAGUUCUGGAAAGGGAGGCGGUGGUUUGAAGAAGCGAUUCUGGAAAGAUGUUUCUGUGAAGGAAGUUGACGAUGCUCUUCAAGUCUUCCUCGAUACUCGACCGUUGAGACACCCUGUGUCAAAGGAGAUCGUUCGAAUUCCCAUCACCAAGCCCGAUCUUGCUUCCGCUCUCGCCCUCGAAUGGGAUCUUUUGACUUCUGCACAAGAUGCUACAAGACAUCAUUUGAUCCCUCUUACAAGUCUUGCAUGCCGAGCUCUCGAUAUCGCCGAGGCUGAUAACACGCCUGGGGGCGAAAUCUCAGAGGUCCGAGAUGCCAUUGCUACAACAUUAUUACGAUACCUCGAUACCGAUUCCAUUCUCUGCUGGAACCCUCCUGCAGGAGCGCACGAUCUCAAGAAUGAAGCUGGAGAGUCGCUACGAGAUGUACAGAAGCGCACAGCCGAGGAGAUUGUGUCUUUCCUGACAACACAUGUUUGGCCAGGCAUCACCAUCAACCCAGUCCUAGACGGUCACUCCAUCUUGCCUCAGUCACAGGCACCUGGAGUUCGCGAGAUCGUUCAAGGCUGGAUCACUGGUCUCGAUGCUUUCGAGAUUGCUGGACUCGAGCGUGCCACAUUGGCUGGCAAGAGUCUCAUUGCUGCUGCACGAUUCGUUGUUGAGUGGACCGAGGGGUCAGUUGCAAGGGGUCAUUUGAACCCUGGCAAGAAGUUUGGUGUCGAAGAAGCCGCUGUCGCUACCAGCCUUGAAGUUGACUGGCAGACUGGACAGUGGGGAGAGGUCGAGGAUACCCAUGAUGUUAACAAGGAGGAUGUGAGAAGACAGCUAGGCAGCGUUGCACUGUUGGUGUCUGGCACAGGUUUGAAGGCGUAAAUAAAAUGAGACUGGAUAGAUGGCAUGACUUGUAAAAUAUAACGACCUGUAAAUUACCAGCUAGAUAAAAAGGUUUUGGAGCCCCUAAAAUUGACUAGGUAGAUAAAAAUUAAACACAUUGAGGAUUACCUGUCUUGCGUUCUCA